CUGUGAGAUCCACAACAUUCAUGUAGGGAUUUGAAGAUGUGGAAUUCACAAGAUCUGUGGAAGAUCUGUGUAGCAGAUGUGGUCCAGACCAAAAUUCAUAAAAGUAAAAUAUGGAUGUACCAGGUUUAGUUUUUACCUGGCUGGAAGAAUAGUGAGUUGGUGUGUUUUUAUUUUCACCAAUUAUUGCUGAGAGACUGAAUUUAAUUGAUUGCCACAGCUGAGUUUAGUUAAUGUUUUUUAGGAGAUGAUGCUUUUCAUGUAUCUGGUUUACAUUAAAAAAAAAAAAAAAAAAAAGUUGACAUUUCAGAGUAAGCUUACUGAUCUGGGAUCAGUGAUUAUAGUUAAUACCACUAUGGACAGGGUAGGACUCUGAGCCAAGAUCAGUUCCUGUGCUCUAAUGCUGUUAUGAAUGUAUGACCUGAUCUGAGGCCAGAAUUUCCUCUGUAAAUGUUUCUACAAUACUGUAUACUGCAGUGUCGGACUGAUGAGAUUGAGUUUGUAGAGUACAGACUAAAUGGCCAUGGAGCUGCUAAACAUUAUAGAGAGUGUUUUUGACUUGCGUUUGAGUUAAAUCCCUCCUCGAAAGGCGCAAUGUAAACGCAGGCUGAGUAGAACUUAGAAAUUUAGUCUGUUAAAAUUACCACAACUUUUUUUUUUUUUUGUAUUUUCUUCCAGAUCAAUUAAAGCAUUCAGUGUAUGAUUGGAAGUUGUUUCAUUUCAUUCUAUGAAUAACCAGGUAGACUUAUAGGAAUUGCCUUUUUUAUAUAUUAAUAUAUUGAAAGAUGCAUUAACUGAUAACAUCUUGUAAAGAACAGAACUGCAAAAAAAAAAUAAUAAUAAAAUACAUAGUCUUGGUUCGCUUAUUGAUUACUGGAAUAUGUCUGCAGAAGUAUAAAUAAAACAACAGUCAGACGUGUUUGACUGAAUGUGUUAUGAAACCUUUUGAUCUGAAGACUUGUGCUUAAAUGCCUAAAAUAAGUCUUGUAGAAAAUUUAGUGUUAUUUCACAUGAUGAUUGAUGAAAUGUCUAUAGUAGUAAUAAAGAGUGUGUCCAUACUUUUGACCCUUUAGUGCCUGGAAAAAAAAAAUGCUGUUUAGGGAGUUUCAUUUUCAGAUGAAAUCUCAGUUAUGAGGCUUUGUGUUGCGAAAUGCAAGCACUGCCUGUUUAGACAUUUGUCAGCUGUGAUCUCUUCCCGAGAAUCGUGUGACACUGAUUUCAUCGCGUCACAUGAAUCUGCUUUUCUUCAUUUUUCAUUAUUCUGUUAUUUUGUUUUUGCAAAUUAGGGGGGGGAAAUAACAGCAGAGCCAGAACAAAAAGACAUGGGCCCGGUUUCACAGACAGGGCUUAGACUAAGCCAGGAUUAGGCCAUAGUUCAAUUAGGGUAUUUAAGUAGCUUUUAUAGAUGUACACUAGGAAAAAACAUUACUGAUGUGCAUCUUGAGACAAAACAAUAGCACGGGCAUAUUUUAAGAUAUGUCAGUGCAAGUUGCUUUCACUUGAAACAGCUCAAACAUGCAUUUUAGUCUAGUUUAAGCCUUGUCUGUGAAACAGGGGAUGGUGUUAUUAAUGCAUUCAACAAAUAUGUUGCUGAAAAAAAGCCUAAGAUGGUUCAUUGGUCGUAAAUGGACUCCAAGCUGUUGUUCAGCUGGUUUAGCUGGUCUCAAGUGCCCAAAACCUCAAACCUACAGACCAGCAAACUUAGCUUAGGCUUUGGUUUAAGGGUUUUCCACCCCAAAGUAGGUUAAAAAAUAUAAUUUAAGAGUUUAAAAUGCUAACUAGUUUCUUUCUUAUGUGUGUUUAUUCAAAGCAAAACGGUGUAGCAUCCGUGUAGGUGUGUGAAACAUCUUCCCUACCCCCAGUUAACCGCUUUCUGAGCAUCUCAAAUAAAGGAGGCAGGACUAUCAGGUCACAUUUGCAUGUGUAAGCGAGUGCUUAUCCACUCCAAACACAAACAAUGGGGAAGUCGUUAAAGAAACCGUCUGUCCCAGCAAAAAAAAAAAAAAACCUCCUAAAACUCGUCAUUUGUCACGUUGUUUCGACCAAAGCCUCCUAUCUCUCUCAUCUGAGUGACUGUGCUCAAGGCUGCUGAUUUGUCCUUGAACAGGUGACAGACAUGGGGCUCUGCUUUUUAACACAUCAGAUCGAUGCCCUAAACAUCCUUCAUGAACUGCGAGCUCACGCGACGACCAGUAAUGCAGAUGGCGAAGACCAGUGUUCAGGUGCUUUAGUGGCCGGUAAAGUAGCCGUUCACCCGGGAGAUUUCAUGAAGCAGCCCCGCAGGCUGAAGACUAUCGCAGAGAGAGCGCGAGAGAGCUGCCUCAUACGACUGCACGAGAUAUUGACACAGCUCAUAUCUAUAGAGGAAGACUUUAUAAAAGAGGUUACUUACGAGAAGAGUUUGCUCAAGCGCAAGGACAGUGUUGAGUUGAAGAACAUAUGCUUGAGAAUGUCUGUUGCAGAAGGUAAUUCUCGCUCUAAUAGAGACUUGAGGGAGCUUCGGGACUGUCUUCGACUUAUCGUCGGUAACCUGCUCACACAUGUGCGAGAUGAAAACAAUCUCUCGUCCACCGUGACCGUUCACAGACUGAGAGAGCUGUCUAACUCCUUCCCUGAUAUCUGAAGUUCAAGAGAUUUGUGAAUUCUAAAGAACUACCUCUAGCUCGUACAUAAAAACACACUACCUUUUUUUUAGAAAAGAAACAAGUCAAGAACUAUCUGUGAAUCAUCAGUGAAUGUGAAAUAAGUAUGAUGCUACAGAUUCUGAUUGAAGGUGUUGAUCUUUACAAGAAGUAUUUUGUGAUGAAAGCUCUCUAUAUCUUCAGAUUGUUGAGAGUUGUCCUUUGUUUAUUGUUUUGCAUCAGUCAGUACUCAAGCCUAAGGAUGACAGAACAACAUUCUCUCGAAGCAUACCAGUAUCAUGAGUCUGUGCUCAGCUGACUGUACAGGUAAAACAAGUCUAAUAGCUGCUGGUGCAGAAUCCACUCUCAACUCCACGGAUGGGACGACGGUCACACCUUGGGAUGGUCUGGUGUGGCCGCCUUUGUCACCUGCUAAAAUAAGAGUUAAGGAGUGUAUUGGGUGGGGGAGGGGAGUGUUUAAAAUGUAUUUUGUAUUUGUGUAUUCGAAUUAAAGGAUUAUGACAUUGCAGUGUAAUUAUGUUCCAAAUAAAAUCAUUUUCAGUGUUACAACAAA